AUGGCGACGCUCGUGGUGUCCAUUUGUCACCACGACGGGCGGUCUACUCGGACGGAGAAGCUGCGCCUGUUGGCAGAGCGAAACGAUGCCCAAGAGAUGGCGCUACUGCUAGGUGCACUGUUUGAGAUCCCCAGCCACGAGCGAGUCGUCGGUCUGGCGUCAGUGACGGGGUCGUGCGGUGUCAUUCCCCUGUCGGCAUCAUGCAGAUACCCCAACCUCAUUUUCCGGGAAGAGGAGAGGUUAGGCCGCGUUUUCCGAAUCGUCACAAAAGACGCCGCCAGCGAGGACGAGGUGCUCUUCCCCAUCUCGGCGCUGACGCCGCCGCCCUCGCCGGGCCUCAGCCGCCUCCCCCCUACCUGGGCCUCCUCGCCCCCCGAGUUGAGAGUGAACACGGCCGAGACCGUAGCGAUUCCGGAGCUGGUGUCAACAGGCGCCCUCACGCGGCAGCAGGGCGUGCUCGUGGUCGAGAGGCUCCGCGCAGAGGACCCCGUGGUGUUUGCGGCGUGUCGCGUUGCGGGUGCUGCUGGAGUAAGCCUUGGUUCUUCUACCCCGGCUGGGGAGCGGAGACGGGAGUGGAGCGGUGAGGCGAAGAGGAGCUUUGCUUCCAUGGUCAAGGUUGUGCUUGGCGGCAAGGUUGGCCGGGGUGACGGAGGCUCUAGUGUUGGCGAAGCAGAUGGUGGCAUGCCUCGCAGGGGAGGGAAAGGGCGGGGAAGGAGGAGAGCGUGGGCUGAGGAGGAGGAAGAACAGCAGCUUUGCAGACGUUCGCAAGAGGUGCCGGAGUCGUUCCAGGUGGACGCUCUAGCUCUGGCGGACGUUGCGCUUGUGACCGGGAAGAUUUCCAAGCAAGCGUACGUUCGGGCGCUGCACAAGGUCGUCACGCUCGACUCGAGCCUGGUUUCGGCGUACCUCGGCGAGCGGAAGCAGGGCCGGCAGGAAGACGGAGAAGGCAUGCUCGAGGCCGUCGUGAGAGCGUUCGGUCCUGAACAACAGGGACGCACCGCUGAUAAUGAUGACCCACGGCAGCAGCCCCGUGCCGCUGCAGCAGUUGGAGGGGUGAAAGCGGCGGGGGCGGCGACGACAGACGGGAGUCUGGGGCAGGGCCGCAUGGCGGCAGAGGACCUCGUUGCACGCGAGGCCGAGCUGCGCGACGAUUUUUUGCGUCAGGCUCUCUCGCUGAUCGAAGAGGGAGGUGCUGGCCUCAGCGCGCAGCACAGGGCGGUGGUGGAGAAGGCGAUCUCUGUGGGGCACCCGUGGGUCUCCGCUAUCUACGACGAGUGCAAGGAGACCGGCGACGUCCGAGGGCUGAUGGGAGAGGCGGGCAACCCGGCGUUCCAUAUGGUGGUCGGGCAGCUCUGUCGAGUCGUCGCGGGGUGCUCGCAGCUGCUGAGACUGAGGGGAGUGAUCGGGGAGCGCGAAGAGCGGACGCUCAAGACCAUGUCCAACAGGGGGAGCCCCGUCUUGCUGGCGGCGGUGGAAGCAUACGGGGCCAACCAAGACCUUGAGGACCUCCUCGACACGCUCCAGACGGCGGCCGAGAUAGAGCUAUCGCUUACCGCCGCCGCUCCUCCCACGGCUACCGCCGCCGCCGCCGCCGCCGCCGCCGUGCCCGAAACGAGAAGGGCCGACCCUCCGCAACAGCGACGGGCUCUUCCCCACCAGCACCAGCACCAGCACCAGCACCAGCAGCCGUCAGGCGUCGGCGCCGGUGGUGGUAGGGGUAGGGGUAGGGGUGGCUUGGACCUCGGCUGCGGCUCCGGUGUUUCUCGAGACGGGGGUGGACGGGCGCAAGCCUCUGUCGGCGUUAGCAGCGACGAGGGUAAAGAGCCGAGCGGAGACCGGCGUCUAAGGCAAGACGUGUCCCAGCUGGUGGCCGUGAUGGCGAAGCAAGGGAUGCUGACGGACAGGCAGAGGCUCUUCCUGCUGGCACAGGUGGGGCGGCGCAUCACGAGAACGACUCGCGAGAAGCACGCUCAGUACCUCGCUACCGGCAACUCGAAGGAGCUGUAUACGGUGCUCAUGGCGCUGUCCAUGCCUCCUCCCCGAAACAAGAAGAAAGCUUGGGAUGAGGAAUCUGGGGAGGAAGAGUCAGAGGAGGAGGAAGAGGAGGAGAGGCAUGGAGACAAGAAGCGCGAGCGGGAGAUGAAGAUGGAGAAAGACAAGGAUGGGAACGGAAAGACCUCCGGACCAGGGGAUAAAGCAGUGGGCGGGGGCGUUGUCGGGCAAGGCGCCUCCGAGGGCGGGGAGCCGCAGCAAGCCUUCGAGGCGUGCGAUGCCCCGGAGCUGUAG